GAUCAAAGCAGAUAGACCCUUUUGACAUGUUGCUCUACAUUUGUUUAAUAGUUCAGCUCAAGUAACUAUUCCCAACGUGGUUUUUAUUUAAAAAGCUAGAUUAGAUUCUCUGCUAUCAAAUGGUGUAAAGGACAUAUCAUGAAACGUGUUUAAUAAGCCGUGGCGGUUGAAAGAAACCGAUCGAUCAAAAAAUCGAUCAAAGCAGUUAGAUCCUUUUGACAUGUUGCUCUACAAUUGUCAAAAUGUGUGUGAUGACAAAAGCAAAAAUACUUCCCUCCUUCUUUUUCUCAUGCAAAAACCAAACAAAUAUCAGCCAGCACCAUCGUAGUUGCGAAUUCGAUGUUGAUCUACUUACAUCGUUAACAAUACGUUAACAAUAAGGAUUAGGAAAACUGAUUUGAUGCAUUUUGUGUCAAUUUUCUACUGAAGUUAUACUUAUGUGAAUAAGCUGUACGAAAUCUUACUAUUAGCAGUUUUAUUAUUAACUUUCCGGUUGAAACAAAAUUCACUCCGUUCUGUUCUGUGAUACCUGUUACAAAAAAAAAACGCUAUGUCGAGAAAAAAUAAUAAGCGGAUAACGUGGAAUGAAAGUCAUGUGUACAAAAUUUUACAGUACGUUCAGCAGAUAUACCGUCCCGAUAAAGAACCUUAUAUCCUUGUAUCUGAACUACAUGGAUUGUUGCGUGGAGAUUCAAGCCUUGCCGCAUACAGUAAAAACCAAUUAAAAAUGAAAUUGUAUCAAAUUAAGCAAGCAAUUGAUAGAUAUUCAAACGGUUCUACUGGUGCUGGGCUUAUUACACGGCGUGUGUACUUUGAUUUGGCUUUGGCGAUAUACGGCAAGAAACCCAGAAAAUCGGCUUCAUGCGAAGAAAGAAUAGAAGGGGAACAAACGCAAUUACAGUCAUCGGAUCAUCAUCAGUUUGAGCAAAUCAAAAGGUUUAUAACCGUAGUAGAAAACCGUUUCCAGUUUCCAAAAAUAGGAUGUUGUCGUUUAUGUCGAUCAACAUAUACCACAGGAGGAGUUGACCUUUUUCAAGAUACCUACGAUAAUCAAAGUUACAACCAAUUGCUCCAAAAUAUGUUGUUUAUAACGAUUGACGAGAAAAUAGAUGCAAGUAGAAAAAUUUGCGCGAGAUGCGCUAAGUUUCUGGAGAAUGUUGCUGCUUUUGUUCAGCAAUGCCACAUUUCGAAUGGCAUAUUAAGCAUUAGUGAAUCAAGUGAAGCAUUUUCGUCCAUAGCUUCCGCUGAUAACCCAGGUCUUACUGGUAAAAAUGAUUUAUCAGGUAACAAGCAUUAUUUUCCCGAGUAUACCGAUUCUAAAUGUGAAAAAAAUGAAAAUGCUGAGCUAUCCGCAAUAGAGCAAAUUGACAUAGAUUACCUAGAUCAUGCAGCCACUGAUGAACCUAAAAUUGAGUCCUUUCAAGUGGUUUCAGACACUAUGAGCGAUGAUUGCUCAGAACAAAGAAAAAAAUGGGAAAACAAGCUUACUGGACUGACAUCUAAUUUGAAUAAAAAAGGACUAAAUAAAUCUAAACAAAUUAUUGAUCAAAAGUGCUCAUGGAAAGCCUCACACUUGCGGAUCCUUAUGAAGAAGAUUCAGCACUACCAGCAAUCAAAUAAAAAUGUUAACCACACGGAAUUGGUGGCAAUGUUGAAAAGUGUCCCAGAACUAGCACACUAUUCAUCUUCAGAAUUAAAAUCAAAAUUGUAUUCCAUGGAAAAAAUAAUACAAUCCCCGCAAGUUGAAUCUGAAAGCGCAUCUUCCGACGAUAUGGAUGAUGACUAUAGCUAUGAUUCGCAAGACACUUUUGUACUUGACUAUCAGGAGGAUUUAGUAGUGCAUGAAAUCGAAAUGCUAAGCGAAUCAGAGUGUUUUUCGUCAGAUUCGCAUAGCUGAAUGACGGUAAAAUAAAAUAUAACAGUCGAUACACGGAAAAGACUUACGGGUAACGUUUUACAAUAAAAAUGAACUACUCUCAAA